UGAAGCGGUUAGCCGGGGACGGAGUGAGGGGAACACUGGAAGUAUUAAAACAGUCAGAAAGGAAGGAAAGAAAUGUAGACUUGAAACUAUUUUACGCAGCAACGACAGCAUCUGUGUGGUCUUCCAGCUCCACCACGACCAACACGAGAACAUCAAUGUUACGCUAACAGCUCGCGGCGAUUCUCCGCGUGCACAGCUGGUCCUGCACACUCAUUUACCUUCCUGUAUAUGUGCGACUGUCUCCUUUCCUCUAGCACCGACAACACGGAGAGAACGUCUUCAGCACUUCAGACAAGGACAGCUCCUCGCUUUCGCACCGAAAGCAGGCGUGUGUUUCUCUCCCCAUCAAUCGCACUGCCCAUUCUGACUCAACUACGGCAAACCGCUUCCAGUUCAGCUUUGCACCUCUAAACACCUCCUGUGAAGUGAUCAACUAAUUGUUAUCCACCUUUGGGAAAGCGACGUUUUCACCCUAGGCUCAAUAUGUACCAGGGGCACGUGCAGGGGAAAGGCUGUAGGUCUGCAGAUAAGGCUGUUGCCAUGGUGAUGAAGGAGAUACCAAGUAAGGAGUCUACAGAAGGAAAACCUCUCCUCACUAUGACAUCCCAGCUGGUGAACGAACAGCAGGAAAGCAGACCUCUCCUGAGCCCCUCCAUUGAUGACUUUCUGUGUGAAACAAAAUGCCAUGGAGCCUCACGGCUAGUAACCUCGAAUACAGCAGUCCUCACGACAGGUCUGGAUCUGUUAGACCUGAGUGAACCUGCAGUGAAAAGCCAUAGCAAGAGUAAAAGGAAUGAGCUGACACUGAGGAGCGAAGGGUUCAAGGGAACAUCCCACAGGAGGAAGACUGAGGAGACGGAGCUGAUCAAAGUGGACAUUGAGCAGAGUAUGCAGAGCUCCCAGACCCCAGAGAGAGUGUCAUUAAACUCCAUCAAUAUCCAUUCACCCCUGGAAAAGUGGGAGGAGGUGAAUUUACAUGGAGAAAGGAAUGGAAGUAGAAAAUGGAAAAUAGAGAAAAGACGCUCUUCUAAAAAUGCAUCAAGUGAAUUCCUAUGGUCUACAGAAAACUGGACACACACUCAAUCUCCUGCAAAAGGUUCCUUGGAAGCCAACUCCUCAGAACUAGAACCGGCCACAGCAUCUCAGGGUCGACUAGGCAAGGAGCAUCGCUGGGGAAGCUCGAUCCUGUCACGAAAUCAUUCCCUGGAAGAAGAAUUUGAAAGAGCAAAGGCAGCUGUAGAGUCUGAUACAGAAUUCUGGGAUAAAAUGCAGGCAGAGUGGGAGGAAUUGGCCCGUAGAAAUUGGCUGACAGAAAACCAGGAGCCACAGAUCCCACUGAAUGUCUCCUUACAUGAAAAGGGCUACUACUUCCACACUGAUAACCCGUACAAGGACUGGCCCAACGCCUUUGAAGAUGCAGUAAAGAAAGUGAAAGACGGUGACCUGCCCAAUGCUGUCUUACUGCUGGAAUCAGCGAUACUGCAGGACCCCCAUGACCCAGAGGCUUGGCUGGUUCUGGGUACCACACAGGCAGAGAAUGAGAAUGAACAGGCAGCCAUCGUUGCCCUCCAAAGAUGUCUAGAACUGCAGCCCAACAACCUCCAGGCCCUGAUGGCUCUAGCGGUGAGCCUCACCAACACAGGGAUGCAGCAGGAGGCUUGCGAGGCCCUCAGAAAAUGGAUCAGACACCAUCCCAAGUACAAGCACCUGGUGAAGAGCAAAACAGCAUCUCCAAGCUCUUCACGGAGGAUGUCCCGGGCUUCUGUUAGCAGCAGCUCCCAGCUGCCAGAGGUAAAGGAUCUAUACUUGGAAGCAGUCCAGCAGAACACAGAUGUGAUCGACCCAGACCUACAGACGGGUCUGGGAGUGCUCUUCAACCUGAGCGCUGAGUUCAACAGGGCUGUGGAUGCAUUUAAUGCUGCUCUUGCUGUCAGGCCAGAGGACUACUUGUUAUGGAAUCGGCUGGGUGCCACACUGGCGAAUGGAGACCGCAGCGAGGAGGCUGUUGAGGCCUACACUAAAGCUCUGGAAAUCCAGCCCGGCUUCAUCCGGUCAAGAUACAACCUAGGAAUCAGCUGCAUCAACCUGGGAGCACACAGAGAAGCCGCCAGCAAUUUCCUCACUGCCUUGAGCCUGCAGAGGAAGAGCAGUAGUCGGCAGUUGUCGCACCAGGUCAUUUCAGGUAACAUCUGGGCAGCCCUGAGGAUAUCCUUGUCCAUGAUGGACCAGCCAGAACUCUUCCAGGCAGCUAACAUAGGUGACCUGGACUUGCUUUUGAAGGCUUUCAACCUGGAGAAGUAAAAAAAACAAAAAAACUUGAUUUUAUUAUGUUCUUUUUUUGUUUUGUUUUUAAACAAACAUGAAUCCAAAGUUGUAUAUAAAAAAAAAAAACCUAUACAAAUAAUAAUAAUGCUUCUUGUUUUGCACGGUAUGGCUGAAGCCAAUCUGCUUGCAGAGCACCUAACAAUCCUGGAUAAAUGCUUGCUAUAAUUGAUGCACCGAGACUAUUAUUGGCAAUGACAGAAACAAGCAAAAGGACUAGGACUGUGCAGCAGUUUGUAAAAGGAUGCCUUUGAAAACAAAUCCAGUAGAAUUAUGGUAUUCUGAUGGAAGAUACGCUCUACACCUGGGUCUUAAAAUCUACCAGGAAUAAAGCAGAUUCCAAUGUGCAGCACAUACAUCUUGAUACCUGCUUGAUUUUUUCAUCAUUCUCAAAAGAAUUGUCACAAGGAAUCCAAGCUCAUUGUGUUAAACUCUACUCAUCAGCGUAAGUUCUGGACUGCCUACAGUACAUACUAGGCAAAAACAAAUGCUUACAUUAUUUCAAUAUUCUCUGGACAAUGCUACUUGUUUCUAUUGCUGUAAGCGCCAGUAAUGAACCAAUGACUGGCUUUUUAAAAAUUAUACUUCUCAAUUUUAACUUGAAGGCUUGCGGGGAUAUUUUAGUCAUUUUUUAAUUUAUACUGUUUUGUUUAUAUGUUAUUAUCCAUGUGGUCAUUUGGCAUUCCAUUAUUGAUUGUAUUGGUUGUUAAAGUUAAAUAUCAGUGUCCUUCUUGGCAUGAAGUGAAGGCUUGUCGAAUUGAGGCAAACUUGUCUGCAAGUGGGACCCAUUCCAUCUUAUAAGAAACACAUUUUCUGCUGCAAAAGGUAACGGGAUUGUAUUAAUGCACAAGCAAACACCAUUCUCCUGGGUUUUAAUUCUUUGCUCAGUUAAAAUGCUUUUUAUUGCUGCUUUUUAAAUGAUGUCAAGAUUUAUUAGUUUUAACACUCGGCACAUAAUUAUAUGUGUCUUAAGAGUGUAUCCUGCUGUGCAAAAGUCCCUUGCAGUUCCAGUCUGCGUACAAUUCACUUUAAUGCUGAGGUCUGCAGCAAUGGUCAGAUUGACUUCAAAUGCCAUGAAAGUACUAGAGUGAAAGGAGUGCUGUCAGAUUUGGUAUUACAUGUGUGAUGGUGAGAAGAUAUGUACAAGGGUCAGGUCUAUUGUUAGAAACAGAAAAAAGGAACUGAACUGCCAUCUCUAGUUCUAUUAUUUGCUUUUUCUUAGUAUUGUUAAUAAUACUUUUCUGCUUACAAAUGAAUACUCUGAAACUCACUUGGGAUGCGAAUAUGGAGAUUGACUUGCUUGUUUGACAAAAUGGUGUUAGACAUGUGCUCUGAAAGAUACAUUGCUGAAAGAUCCUGAGCAGUCUAUAAAUAUAUAUUGUAUGAUAUAUUUACUUUAUUUUUUUUUAUUUUUUUUUUUUUGCUUUAGUUUAGACCUAGAACAAAAGCAGUACAUUAAAACAUGCCACCACAUGUUUGUCAGUCACACAAUACAGUAUAUCUGAUGCAUAUUGUUCAGUGAAAUCCUGACCUUUCCAGAAUCUUUUCACCAUUGCACAGAUGGUCCCAGAUGGUUUUCAACACUUGGCAGUCUCACAGGUGUCAUUUUGAGGUCACUUUGUCUUAUGCAGCAAACUUGCCUGCCGCAAAACCUAAUUAACAGACAGACAGCGAUGACAACAAGCAA